GAAACGCAAGCAGCAAAAGUUGUAUAAGGAUGUUUUUGAUUGUCGUUACAGUGUCAAAUCUCAUAGAUAGUGGGAUACAGCAAAUACGUACUAGCAGCCCUUUUAUAAAGCCUCGUCAUGUCUCAUAAAACGGAAGAAAUGACUUUUCCCACCUCAUCGUCACAUUCUCUUGCACAAAACAAACCCCUAAUUGGAGCAAGAAAGAGAGCUACCUAAUGGUAAAAUAAGGGAAAAAGUGCUAAACUAAGUCAUGAGAUUUCAUGUUCAUUUAUGAGUGAAAAGCGAGAAUGGACGAACGAAGCUUGGAAAAAUGACAAUAACGUAGAAAAAAUGGAACCCAACGACACCAAUUUCUCUGAAUACGACAAUGCGAGGAAAAGCUCGCUUCAAUUGGAUUUGCCAAGUUACUCAGAAGUUUGUUAUUUCAGUGACGAUGACUUGGAAAAGGGUUUGUUUACACCUAUUCCUCCUUCCUACAAACAACUUCAAAUGAGUAGCAGAGUCGAAUCCGGUGAUAAUCGAGUUCAUGCGAAUGAAGUGCAUGGACGCAUGACAGAACCUGUGUCAGACAGAUCAUGGGGAAGCUGGAUCCUCGAUUGCAUCUGCAUGCCGGUACGUCCCCGACUAGCACCAGCGGGCACAUUGAGAGAAGCAGGAUAUUUUCGAAGUUUUAUUUGUUAUCUUUAUACGGCUGCUUUUAUUUUCGCUUUACUUUUUAAAUAUUCUGAUAAAUUGUCAGAGUUUAUAAAGGAUUUAUCUUUGGAUAAGAAAAUUAUUUUCCCUUUGCUUGGUGGAUUGAUUUUAGUUUUAUUUAUUAUUUCCUCUGUAAUAAUUUCUCUUGUAUUGGACAUCAUCGUUUGGUGUAUAUCUAUGGUUCCAGAUUUGGCUAUAGUACUAGGGAAUAACUUUAAGCAUGUGGGGAAUCUCAUUAAAUAUUUCUUUGAGAAUUUCUUUGAGUAUCUCUUUGAGAAUUUCUUAGGAAGAACAUUUCCAUACUUGUGGAGAAAAUUUAUACUGCCUUUGACAAUCAUUUUCGGUUAUACAACUAAUCAAAGCUUCGGGAUUGAUUCAGAUUCAACAAAUACCGUUGAACUUGACGAGCUAGAAGCUAGUGUUGAGACUCCAACAUCUGCACCUAACAAUGUUGAAGUGCCAAGUUCUCCUCUUGGGAAAAGCCCUACCAAAGCAAAUCAUUCAAAAAAGUCUGUUGGGCAUUCUGCAAGAGAGCAAGAAAUAGAGAUGCAAACUUUUGGAGACACAGGUUCUCCGAUUUUGAACGAUCAUACAAAGUAAUGUUUUUAUGCUAUGCCCAUUUUAUUGAAUGGUUGUUAUUGUCAGCGUGUCAGUGUCCAGUUGAGAUUGAGAUUGAGAUGUCUUACGAGAAGAUUAUGUUUAUAUUCAAAAGCAUGCGUAUUUUUUUUCCGUAGAAACUUGCGAUUGUUAGUUAUCCUGGCCCUUAUUAGCUCCUCACUUUCCUGUUGUUUUUGGUGCUUGUUUACAUUUGAUUGAAGUUGUUGAAGUUGCUUAAAAUAUCAAUGGAUAGUAUCAAUCAAUAACAACAGAUUAUUAUUUUCUAUAAGCUUUGACCGCAAGAUGAAAUCUCAUUUUAUGAUGGUGAGUUCGUCCAAAAGUAACAAAAUGACCAAGGAUUCUAUUGAAACUGCAAAAUCAUAAAUCUGUUACUUUUCAUUUGAAGAAUUGAAUUAAAAGCUCUAAAAAGUCUAUAGAUGCUGCUUUUUCCCCUGCACUUUACGCUACAAAAAAAGUUUCGAUUGGAACAGUAAAAACUGAAUUUGCCAGUUGACAUGCAACCUAUGAGAUCAACAGUUCACGAGAAAUAAACCUAUCAGAAUCAAGAAAUCAAGAAAAAGGAAAUAGUCUGUGAUGAGAGAACAAAAGAUGAUUACCAUUUACAAAAACACCGUAUUUCAAUCAUCAAUACGGAAUAUCGAUAGGAAAUAUAGGAUUUAUGAUGGCUACCAAGAGUUUGAAAAAUGAAGAAGAUAACUUAGUGCUUCAAAAAAAAAAGUUAGAUGAUUUUCAACAUCCCCAAGUUGACCAGGUCACUGUUGUCUUUGAUAUCGUUCAGAAUAUUUGAAGCUUUUUCGCUUCUGAGAAUAGUGUUACGGUAAGCUUUGAUUGUCAAGGUGUCACGGUAGAAAUCUCAAACGUUAUGAGAAUGUAAAUCAAGUGGAAGUAAUAAGUACAAUUACAAAGUUGUCUAUUGGAAUUGGACGUGUUAGUACUACGUAGAAGAAUGGUAAUAAGUCCGGAUCUGACUAACUAAAUGAAAAUGACUAAGAGUCAAUCUUGUUUAGCCUGAUCAGUCAAAAAUAAAAAAAUUGCUAACUGUCCACAACCAUACUUAGUUAUCAUUGGAGACAAUAUGGGAAGCUUGGAUUUUCUUUCUCUCCUAUUUGUAAGUUUUCUUUAAUAUGAUACGUACAAUUCUACUGAAUUCUAGUGCUCGUUGUUCAGAUACUUGGAAAGAACGGACUAAUAUUCCUAUACAUGCUAUAUAGAGAGUGAUGUUACCAGUCUAAUGAACAACAACGAAUAAAGUACCAUAAAUUGUAGACUUUUAGUUCCAGUUUAUAAGAAAUGGAAGGAGUGAUGAGAAAUGACUUUCAUUGAAAUUAACUAUCGAAAUAUUCAUAAAGAUCCCAGAAAUAGUUGUAAUAAUGGACGAGGAAAAUAGUACAAACAAACAGAACCAAUUUAGCAGUAGAUUUUUAUUUUCAAGAAUUUUUAAAAGAAUGCAUAUAUCGUUACGUUGAAGGACUUGAAGCUGGAUUUUUGAUACAUAAGAGUAGGUGUUG